AUGAAACUUCGACGCUCUGCAAGGCAGGCAAUGAAGCUUCUCACUCAGAGAUUUCCACUGUUGAAGGACAUCCAACUGAACCCAGCUGAGGUGGACACCCUGGCACCCAGACACAUCCAACUUCAUCAAGUUGGCCUCCUGAGGCACCUUACUCAGCAUGAAAAUCUUCAAAACACUGACCCAGAGUUCAGCAUCCUGGAGCUUUCCCUGAAGUCCAGUUUUUCAGGCUAUGAGGAGGUCAACUUCGAGGCUCUUGAGGACCUCACUGCGGACCGCUCGGAGGAUUCGCGCGCUCUUGCAACGCCCUCGAAUCCGAACACUCUUCCAACGCCCUCAAAUCCGAAUGCUCUUCCGGCGCCCUCGAAUCCGAAUGCUUUUGCAACGCCCUCGAAUCCCAACGCCCAGCAAAACUCCGAGGAAGAGGACAUCGAACAUGACGAAGAGGACGCGGAGCGUGAUGAAGAGGACACGGACGGUACAUCCGGCGAAGAGUGGUCAACUCACGCGGAGCAAAAGAAGUCCGCGAGAAAGCGCAAAAGACGCGCAAACGCAAACACGCCCAGACCCAGGAAAAAGACCUCACGCCCACCCUGCAUCGCCAAAACCAAAAGUCCACCGCAAUUUCCCAGCGUGUCCUAUGAAAAACGCUCACCCAUGGACGCGCCCACCCGAGAAAAAUUCCACGCACUCCGCCCCGCAAACCUUUCUUCGAAGGAAUGGAAAGCGGAACGCAAGCGCCAAUACAACGCGUGGUGGCAAGGCCAGAAGCACGCCAGAGUAGUUGAAGUCCACACAGUACAAGAUGGAUUUGAUGUGCCCAGGGACUCUCGAAUAUCAAAACCUGCUUGGAUGGGACUUAGAGCCUCCGCGGACAUGAGAAGUUCGAUACAACUGGCAUUAACUCAAGGAGCAUCUCAGGUGGCACAAACCAUCCUCGAGGGCAUCACUCGCAUUCCAUAUGUCCCUCACCUCGCAGUUGCGGUCUGCGAUCUUAGCAGCCGAAUGUUUCUCUAUCGCUCCCAACUAACCCCAAACAUUCUGGAAGACAUUCUUCCCAAAGUCAACACCGCCAUUCCGCACUUUGUGCAAUCCAUUACUCACGGCUUUUCUGAGGACGACAUGCAGAACAACUCCCGAGGUGACCAUUGGUUUUCUAUUGCAGGGCAUGACAGGAAUAAUCGCCAGCGCCCGGAAGCCACUAAGUUUCAGAAAAACAAUCACCUUGCCAUUACUCGGGCCUUCAAUCCUGGUCAAAUCUUUCACACUCUUACGUUAAGCUCCGCCACAGCUACAGACCAACUCCGUCGCUUCUCAAGGAAGGCAAAGCCGAACAACACUGGUGAAAGCGACCAGGAGGAAAUGCCAGGCAACAAUUCUGAUAACAAUUCCGAGGAGCCAGAAGAUAGUCAUGUUGCUCAGGUUUUGCGAAACAUCACUCAAAAGGGAAAAGGCAGCUCUACUCUUGCCCAUAAAGCGGUAGUAGCAUCUAUCAAGGCCUCCUCUGCGUCUAGCUCCAAGCUCAGCAAAGCUAAGGAGGAGACUAAUAGAACAAAGAGCAGGUUACCUGCCACCACGGCUGUUCAGGAAGCGGAGGUACAUACUGAGUUCAAAGUAAUGUCUUUGUCAAUUUAUCCUGUGGGAACAUACUUGGUGGAGGAGGGAUAUUUCCCUCGUCAGAAACCCACUAAGGUUUAUCGAGACUUAACUAGCCUUGUUGAUAUUGGCUGCGCUCAAAUAGCCACCAUCAGUCAACCCAUAGUCUUCGAUAGAAAAGAUACCUAUGAGGAGGUGACAGAUAGGCUCCGGGCUUUGUGUCCUCUGGUAAUGGAAUACAUGGACUCUCGAUUCAUGUACCGCAAGAAGUCAAAUCCAGAGUAUCCCAAGCACGAUAGUGAUCCAGCCCACGCCUAUCUUCCUGAAAUUAUUUUGUGCAAAAAGGACAGGACCCAUGGAAUGCUACCGCUGACAGGACCAAGUGCGUUCUUCCCAGAUGGAGAAAUGCUUUGGAGGAUUGCUACCAAACAUGGAUCUGCAAACACUAAUGCCCUUACGAGGGAGCCUAUUAGCAAAGGAAGACUUAGCUUAUUUCAAGAGGCUAUACAAAAAGGCAAGCAAAUGAACGUUACACCAAUUACUGCAUUUUACACCCUGGAGGAAAAUACUGAGCUUUCUGCGACCGAAGAUGACGAGGAAGAAGAAGAAGGAAGGGUUGUGGAUUGUGGCAGUGAAGAAGCAGAAGAGAAUACCUCCGACGAAGACCAGAAGGAUUAUCAAGAAGGCAAGGAAACUGAAGUAGACGAAGAGGAAAUUGUUAAUACAGGGGCAGUAUCAGGAAAUAGCGAAGAGGAAGAAGAGCUAGUUGAAGGCGCUUUGAGGCCACCUUUUACACAGAAGAGGCCUCGAUCAGAAUCUGAACCUUCUGGAGAAGAUGAGCGUCCUCCAAAGAAAAGAAAAGGCAAUGGCCUCAGAAGCUACUCUGGGUCUUCUUCGGAACCGCAAACAGAGGAAGCUGAAGAAGAUACAACCAAUACUCCUAAACCAAGAUCACGAGCAUUUUUGAGGCAAACAGGAUCACCUCAUAUGAGGAGUAUCCUGAGAAAUGCAGACCGUGCAAGGAAAUUUUUUGGCGUUACAGUGGAUGAGGUAGAGGACGAUCUUGGCUUCCGGACCGAUUACUCUAGUGACCGAGAGUACGCCUCCAACCUGUUUGAAAAACCAACUUCUUCCACUCCACAAGUUAAUACUUCUGCUACUGCGUCUACUUCCCAAGCUAGUACUUCCACUUCUAAUCCUUCUAAUUCCAUGGCUGCAUUCUUAACAUACUACAAACCUCCCCUUUCUGACAAGUCCAGGGAAAGACUUGAUCCUUGGAAGCAAGUUUAG